AUGUAUUAUUAAUGUUCAAAAUGUAGAGAACUGGUUGUGGACCAAUAGCCCUGCAAAUGUGAUAAAAAAUGGAUAAUUUUGAUUUGUUUUGUAGUUGUAAAGAUAUCAUUUAUAGCAUUUUGCUAUAAUUCGGUUAUUCGUAGUAAUGUCUACGGAAUACUCACAUUUUCUGUCUUUGUUUUAGGGUUGAUAGCCUUGAUAGCAAGUUUCUUCUUAUGUAGAAGUGAUUAUAAGGAUAGGAUCCCCUUAAAUAUGACCCUGCUUUAAGGAUAACAUGUAAUUAAUAGUAUUAAAUUUUAGAAUCCUCAAAUUGUACAAUAACAUCCAUUUGUACAUGUUAAUUAGUUUCAAAUUCCUUAACCAAACAUCCAACAAGCUGGAUAUUACUAGUAUCAAAAUUAAAUCAAUGUUAGUUAAAAUAAUUAAGUUUAAAUUCCAAUUAAAUAAAAUUGA